AUGCUGUGGAUCCGCUCGCUCGUACACGUUGUUGGCGCCUUCUUCUGCAUCGCUGCACACGACGUACAAGCUCCGAGACCCUCGCACGACGCAGACACGACGUCCCAGCCACCGACGACCGCAGCUCGAGCGACAGUCGCGGAGACGUCGCACCCUGCCUCGAGCGCUCCGCACGACCACGAGAACGACCUGGAACUGUGGAACGAAGUCGCCUGUCGAGACAUCUCCCUCGCAUCAGACGCGCCGCCAACCCCGUCAACCUCCUCCUCAUCCCGCACUCCGCGACUUCCGCCUGAACUUCUCCUCCAAAUCAUCGAGCUGGUCGUUGAGGUUCCCUUCAGCAGCGAUGUCGAGCGCAUUCGUGCGACAAAACCGCCCCUGGAAAAGCCGUUCCCGCUCACGCCUACACCGUACGGUACGCUCGCCAACGUUUGUCUGGCGUCCCGCGAGUUCUGUCGUCUCGCACAACCAGUCAUGUACCGCGAUAUCGUGAUAACGGCAGAGUCGGUAACGCCCUACAACAACCUUGUCAGCCCGCACCCUCUCCAGACUCUCCAGAUACGCGAAGACCUCGCAAGUCAAGUCAAACAACUCCAUUUCGUCUCGUGGAAGUGCUAUUGCGUUUGCCGUGGCAUUCACGGCUUGUCUCCUCCAUUCUUUCCGUUGCUUCGGAAUCUGGAGACGUUGGUGAUGCCCGAAUGUACUCUGCGACUUGGAUUCCAGGAUGCGAAUACGCGCUGGCUUUUCCGCAAGGCGUUCCGUUCUCUGCCUCGUCUUUCGACUCUGAUUGUGAUGAAGGAAGACUCCUGGUUCGGUCCACGCAAACCCUCAGGAAGACGCCCUUGCGAUGGCUCCCUCCCUGAGAACGGUGUCUGGUACCCUGACGGUAGGAAACAAGCCUUCGACCUCACCCCUUACCAGCAGUAA